AAGUCGGACAACAAAAGUCCGGCUAAUUAUACCAUCAAAGUGGAGCACAAGUGCGUUCUCUGUGAAGCUUCUCUGGAGAGUAAAGAAGCUCUUCAAGUGCACUUCAGAAAACAUGCUAAUAAAGAAAUUGAUGCACGUGGUAAACCAUUUGCCUCUAAACCACCACCAACGGCUAAUGAUUCAGCGUGUGAUAUAUGUGGAAAGAGUUUUCAAACAAUAGCAGCGACAAUUAGACAUCGGUUUAAAAUACAUCCUAAUUCACCAGCUAAAUUUUAUUGUGGUUAUUGUGGUAUGCAAUUUCCACUAAAGGUAAAAGAAUGUAACGUUGCAUUUUAUAAUAAAAAAGCAUUGAAUUAUCAUUAUAAAUCAGUCCACAAAAGGCUUGUACAUAUGUUUCAACCAAUAGCCACACCACCUCCUAGUAACAAAAUAAAAGUAAACUCAAUGAACGACGCUCUUAGUGUUUACUAUUGUCAUCUAUGUGGCGUAGAGUACAUAGUAAAAUUCAAUCUUCAGCAGCAUUUAGAAAGAGUCCACUCGCCAGAAGAGCGCGAAGCUGUGCCGAGUGAUUUAAUUAAAUGCACCAUGUGCUCUGCGUUUUUUUACAGCAAAAAAGCUUAUGAUACCCAUAAUAGUUACCAUCAACCAGAUGAUCUCUAUGUCACCUCCGAGGAGCAAAGGUUGCAAACAAUUACUAAAAUUGAUCAGGAUUUUGAUAUUCGUAGAGUUAAGCCGCGCACUGAGAAAUAUAUUCCAAAGAGUCUACCUCGAAAAUCGAGUGUAAACAGACAAAAUUAUAGUACAGUUAAUGUUAAAGUAAAAUCUGAGCCAGAAAAUAAUUCUAGUGAUUCGGAAAGUGAUAUUCCUUUGAACAAAAGAAAUAAUGUUUCGCGCGUUAUUGCGCGCGCAUUUGAAUUGAAGUUAUCAACUUCCGCUGACAAAAUAAAACCCGGAAGAAUAAACUUCCACCAUUUUGCUACAAUACUUUUUACGUGUGCUCGAUAUGAUCAUGUACAUUUA